AUGUUAGCUAUGCACUGCCUCCGAGAUUCAGAUAAUGUAACUGACUGGUGGUUGUGCAAUAGUACAUAUGAACUUGAACCACAAGCAUUUUCUUGUGUGCCAAAUUUAUUGCCAGUAGGCCCAUUAUCCCGAACCUGUGAUGAUAAUAAUAAAAGUGUAGCUCCAAGAUCCUUGGGACAAUUCUGGGAAGAAGAUUUGUCAUGCAUGAAUUGGCUUGAUCAACAACAAAACAAUUCUGUUGUGUACGUAGCAUUUGGUAGUAUUGCUCUUUUCGACCAAAAACAAUUUACUGAGCUAGCUCUUGGGCUUGAGCUGAUGAACAGACCUUUCCUUUGGGUUGUUCGUCAAGAUCCCAAUUGCGAGAAUAAGAUAUAUUUUCCGGACGAAUUUAAGGGGAAUCGAGGUAAAAUAGUUGGAUGGGCUCCUCAACAGAAGGUGCUAAGCCACCCUGCCAUAGCUUGUUUUGUAAGUCAUUGUGGUUGGAAUUCAACUGUGGAAGGUUUGACUAAUGGAGUUCGCUUCUUGUGUUGGCCCUAUUUUGCUGACCAAUUUUUCAAUCAAAGAUACAUUUGUGAUGUAUUAAAGGUUGGAUUGGGAUUUGAUUUGGAUGAAAAUGGAUUAAUCUCACGUGGUGAGAUUAAAGCCAAAGUGGAUCAACUGCUUGAUGAUGAGAACACAACACCAAGGUCUCAUAAGCUCAUGGAGAAGUUAAAGCACAACAUUGGAGAAAGAGGUGCUUCUUCAAGGAACUUAAACAGGUUUCUUACUUGGUUGAAACAUUGA